AUGGAUGAUAGAGUGAGAUUAAAAGUGUAUUAUGAUGGCCAAAUAUUGUUACAAACAUCUGAAGGAGUGAAAUUUGUGUGUGAAAAUCCAUUAGAUAUUAUAAUUCCUUUCACACUGUCUUAUGAAGAAUUGAAAGGUGUUAUUUGUGAGAAGAAUGAUUCUCAAAUAUCUAGGAGAGUGUCGUGUAUUUUGUACAGAUAUCCUAUAUCUGUCUUUGGUGGGUUCGUGCAAUUUCAAACGAAAUACGUGACCGACGAAGCGAGCAUGCAAGAAAUAUUUUCAGUGUAUCUUGAAAGUCGGUCGCGAAUAUCGUUCAUCGAACUUGAGGAAGAGUUCGAAAGUAACUACGAGGUCGUUGAUCCAGGUGUAGACGAAGAUCAAGCUGACGAGGCUAUGGUGGCAGAUGUGGCGGAUGUGGCAAAUGCACUAGCAAACCAACAGCCAUUUGUAGAGCCGAGUUUCAUGCGGUCGUUGGAUUUGGAAACCAUGCAUGCACCGGAGUUUCCUCAAUAUGUAAAUGCAGAGCUUCCCGUUAUGCCAGAUGGUGAAUUUACCGUGGAAAUGGAAUUCAGUUCUAGGGAGGUAGUAAUUAAGGCGAUGAAAGAUUAUACAAUCCGCAGAGAUGUAGAUUAUCGGGUACAUGAGUCAGAACCGACGACAUUCUAUACUAAAUGCACCCAGUAUGGUGCAGGAUGUGAUUUGCUGAUCAGGGUGAGCAAAAUGUCCAAAAAGUUCUGUUGGGAGAUAAGGAGGUACAAUGUUAGUUACACCUGUACUAGGGCCACCAUUUCUCAAGAUCAUUCGAAGCUGGAUUCCAACACAGUUGCAGAAGCAAUAAAGCCAUUGGUAGAAGUUGACCUGUCUAUAAAGGUGAAAUCAGUGAUUGCGGAAGUACAGGCAAAGUUUAACUACACCAUAAGUUAUCGCAAAGCAUGGUUGGCAAAACAGAAGGCAGUGGAGUCAAUUUUCAGAGGGCGGGAAGCUUCGUACGAAGCCUUGCCGAUAUCGUUUGAGGCCAUGUGUCACAAGGAGCCAUCCGCAAAUAUUCAGACAUUGCAAGCCAAUAGUGCAGGUAGACGGAACUCAUUUGUAUGGAAAUACAAGGGUUUUUUGUUGGUUGCAGUCUCACAGGAUGGCAACAACAAUAUCGUUCCUAUUGCAUUUGCGAUAGUUGAGGGAGAUACAUCUGAGGCUUGGCACUUUUUUCUUAUUAACUUGCAACAGCAUGUUAUGACAUGUAAUGGUGUGGGCCUUAUCUCCGAUCGGCAAGAUUCCAUUAGGUCAGCAAUUGCUCGUAGUAACGGAGCUUGGUCUCCUCCCAGAGCAUUCCACAUGUUCUGCAUCAGACAUAUAGAGUCCAACUUUUUGAGAAAGUUCAAGGCAUCGUAUCUGCAGAAGCUUAUCGUCAAUAUAGGAUACUCACGAACAGUUCGCGAGUAA